AUGAGGAUUGUGAUAAUGUUUAUCUGGAUUUCCAUACUUGUUCUUUCCUCAAAUUUAUUCAGAAUAAAUGGCAUGCAUGCAUUGGGUCAGAAAUGUCUUUCGGAUCAAAAGUCUGUACUUCUCCAGAUACGAAGUCAACUUUCUUAUGACUCUUCAUUCUCCGAGGAGCUGGCGCUGUGGAAUGAAAGAGUUGACUGCUGUGAGUGGCCUGGUGUGAGCUGCAACGAUGGUGGAUAUAUCAGUGGUCUUGACCUCAGGUUUGGGCUAAUCAACGGUGGAUUCAACAUAUCUCUCUUGCAGAAAAUGCCAUCCCUUUCUGUUAUUAGGCUCGAUAACGUCAAUUUCUCUGCUCCAUUUCCAGACUUGUUUGAAAAUUUCAGGAAUCUGACUGUUUUGAGCCUAAGCAAUUGCAACUUCACUGGGACAGUCCCUCAGAAAGUAUUCCAGGUACCAACUAUGCAAAUCAUUGACUUAAGUUCCAAUGAAAUGCUUGGGGGUUCUUUGCCAGACUUUCCAGAAAAUGGAUCUCUUCGGCGUCUAGACCUUGUUUAUACAAAGUUUUCUGGGAAAUUACCUGAGUCCAUUGGAAGCCUCAAACUACUGUCCCAUAUUGACCUUACACAAUGUAAGUUUAGUGGAGCAAUCCCUGCUUCUAUUGUGAAACUUACCAAGCUUGUUGUGCUGAGUUUAAGUGUGAAUCACUUCAGUGGUUGGAUUCCAUCAUUUAGGUUACUUAAGAACCUAACCUGUUUAGAUUUAUCUCAUAAUGAUUUUACAGGGGAAAUUCCUUCUUCUCACUGGGAUGGCCUUGACAAUCUUGAAAAUCUCUACUUGGAUAAAAAUUCAUUUUCAGGGCCCAUUCCAGCAUCAUUAUUUUUCCUACCAUCACUACAAAUCUUAUCUAUGUCUGAAAACAACUUUUCUAGUCAAAUAAUUGAUUUGCAAAAUGUGACUCCUCCACUGAAAUUUCUUGAUUUGCGUGACAACAACUUGGAAGGGCCAAUACCCUUGUUCUUCUUUCAACUCCACAAUCUUUCCUCUCUUCAUCUUUCAUCAAACAAAUUUUCUGGUCAAAUAAUUGAUUUGCAAAAUGUGACUUCUCAACUGAUAGACGAUAUUGAUUUGAGAGACAACAACUUGGAAGGGACAAUACCUUCCUUCUUCUUUCAACUUCGAUGUCUUACAUCACUCUCUCUUUCAUCAAACAAAUUUUCUGGUCAAAUAAUUGAUUUGCAGAAUGAUGUCACUUCUCGGACGAUGCAAUAUCUUGAUUUGAGCAACAACAACUUGGAAGGGACAAUACCUUCCUUCUUCUUUCAAUUUCAGAAUCUUGUAUCACUCCAUCUUUCAUCAAACAAAUUUAAUGGCACUGUACAUCUAACCAAAUUUAGAAACCCUAGGAAACUUAAAUCUCUUGACUUUUCCCAUAAUAGCUUGGUAGUUGAUAUAAACAUAGGAGCAAAAGAACUAGCCUUCCUCCCUCAAUUUUCAGAUCUGAGGUUAGCCUCCUGCAAUCUGCAGAAAUUUCCCACUUUUCUGAAAAACCAGUCUAACCUACUCUUUAUAGACCUCUCCAACAACAAUUUGUCCUCCAUGCCUCUUGACAUUGGUGAUCAACACCCAAAUGUCAUUUUGUUUUCCAUUGCAAACAAUAGAGUCAGCGGAAAUAUCUCCCCUUCAUGGUGCCACGCAACCUCUCUUGAAGUGCUCGACUUGUCCAACAACACUUUGCACGGCACGGUCCAACCAUGUCUGCUUCAAAAUAACAGCAUUCUCAGUGUAUUAAAUCUUAAAGGAAACUAUCUAAGUGGUGAGAUACCACACAUGUUUCCAGACAAUUGCUCUUUAGAGACAUUGGAUCUGAGUCAGAAUCACUUGCAUGGCAAGAUUCCUCCAUCCUUGGUGAACUGCACAAAGCUUAAGGUCUUAAAUCUUGGAAGCAAUAGGAUAAGUGAUGCCUUUCCUUGUUGGCUCAAUAAAUUGUUGAGUCUGCACGUACUUGUAUUACAUUCUAAUCAUUUCCAUGGAAACAUUUCUUGUCCAAGGCUUGGGGUAAACAACAGCUGGCCAAGCUUACAAGUCAUUGACAUAUCCAACAAUACAUUUAGUGGAAUCCUACCAGCUGAUUUAUUCUUGGAACUAAAAGCAAUUGCAGUUGAAAGGAAUGCAACACAAUCCAAGCCUGACUAUUUCUAUUUCACAUCUAGUUGGGGUGGGAACUAUCAAUACUCGGUUUCACUUGCUGUAAAAGGAAAUGAAUAUAGUAUGGAAAAAAUUCUGACUCUCUUCACCUCUAUUGAUUUUUCAUGUAACCAAUUUCAAGGGCCCAUACCAGAGAUUAUUGGAGAGCUUACACAACUUUAUCUCCUUAACAUCUCCCACAAUGCCCUGACAGGCAAUAUUCCCCCAUCUCUUGAAAACUUGAAAGCUUUGGAAGCACUUGACCUCUCAUUCAACAACCUAGCCGGAAAUAUCCCAGAGCAGCUAGAGAGCUUGAACUUCCUAUCCUUCUUAAACUUAUCAUACAACCAUCUGGUUGGAAGGAUCCCACAAGGCAAACAGUUUAAUACCUUUGAUGCAAGCUCAUUCAUAGGAAACAAGGGGCUAUGUGGAUUCCAACUUAAUGUAUCUUGCAGCGGCAUUAAAAAACCACCAAAAUUGGAAGAGAAAGAGUCAGCUUAUGAUGGUGAUAUCUAUGUCAGUGUUGCAUUAGGAUUUGCUGUGGGUGUAGGAGGAAUAUUUGUGCCACUUUUGGUGUCCCACAAAUGGAGAUCAUAUUAUAACAAGAAGAUUGAUGAAGUUCUUUCAAAGGUGUUCUUUCAGUAUGGUUAA